AUGCAGCCCAAAUUCCUCUCCCUCCUAGCCGUUAUGGCUUCUACGGCCCUCGCAGAGGUCAAGCACGUCGAAGUCGUCCACGUCUUUCAGACCCUCAACGUCCGAGCCCCGGCCAUGGGCUUCACGCCUCACAAGCGCAGCGCCCAAGACCUGUUUGUCCGCGCCAAGGACGACGACGAGUGUGCCAGCUCCGUCCUCGACCUCCUACAGGACAUGCCGACACCCACGGGUGACCUCCUCGACUGGUUCCUGAACGAUGUCCCCACCGCCGACCCUUGCAAGCUCACCAUCGCCGCCUCGCUGUCCAAACCCUUGGAGACUUAUCUUACAAAGGUUGGAGACUACCUCGUUAGUGUCAACGAUGAUGCAGAGGAGAUUGCCAAGGAGUGCAGCACCGUCAACCCCCAGGUGGACGGCUUUGUCCCCGAAUGCUCCGGCGGCAAGGGUAGCAUGGUCUUUACCGAUGCCAGCACCACAAGGACUGCCUCUUUGGAGUAUGUCACUGUCGGUGGUAGUGGUAACGCUGCUGCUCCCCGACCUACUGGCAUGGUUGGUGUUGUCGCUGCUGCUGUUGGUGCUGCAGGUGCCGUCCUGGCUCUGUGA